AUGAACCUCGACGAGCUCAAUCACUUCGAGAGUACCCCUUCUGGCAGUCACCGCAUCGGCGUCUUCCCUUACAGUGACUCUCGAGUCUCGUUACAUCCACUGAAAGCACGCAGUCUUUCGUCCACUCCUUCAGAAAACGAUUGGAUCUCUCCUUUUACCCUCCCCCCGUUACCGACUUUGCGUCGCGACCGCGAUCCGCUAGACUACCGCGAAUCACCAGACUACCUCCGACAGCGAGACGGAAGCGGUGCCUAUUACGCCGCUGCCUGGGGUUCACCGUAUGCCACUCCCAGCCCUCGCAGAACCCCUCAGCCUUUCGAUUCCGUCGGCCAGCGCCUGAAUAUUGAGGCAGUGCCCUCCUUCGGAAGCUCAAUCGGUCGAUCAGCCAUCACCUCUACCCCAGGUGACGACGCUGAGAGCGUCGAAUCGCGGGCUCGACGCCGUCUCUACAGAAAAUCUCGUCCGGGUUCAAGAAAAGAGUUACGAAAUCCACGUUCCGAAAGACCCAAUUGGCUGAGUGACUCUGAAGAGAGCGGAUCCGAAACAGGUGUGGAAGAGGAGGAGAACACGCCAACCCGUGUUGCGUAUCUCGACAGCUGGGGAACAUCACCCGUAGGUACAGUGAACCGUUUGGCUGUACGACACAGAAGCACUGAAAGCCUUGCUACCAUCACACCGUAUACCUUCCAUGAUUCCGGACGGUUGUCAAUAGCGCCAGAACGCCACCGCAUGCGGCUUUCACCGUCUGCACAAUACAACAUGGCUGAGCAUGAUUCGGAGAAUGCCCCAGCAGUCGAGAAAGCACUCCCACUUUUACCUCGCCAAACAUCUCAAGUCGAGAAUGACGGGAAGGCUCCGGAAAGCCCAACUUCAGCAGUCCGACCGCGGCCCACUUCAAUGCAAUCAUACCAACGUCCCAAGAAAAAGGUCAUCUGGAAAGGCAAAGCAUGCAUUAUAGCUCUGCCACUUACAGAUCGAGAGGCCGCCGGGCUACCUCCUCUGCUUACGCCACAACAGGUCAAGGAACGGAUAAAUGGUUGGAUUGCGGCCGGGUACUCAGUGGAUGGCUUCGGGCUGACCGAUAUGAGUGCUGGAGCUUCGGGAGAAAGCAGUGGCCAGAGCCGUCCCGUGUACCCUGACGCGACAGAAAUUCAAGCAGAGCGAAAGUUACGUGAGUAUCAUGUCCACAUACCUAACCAGGCUGAAUGGGAAUCGUGGGUCAACUAUCUCAAGGAGGAGAAACUUCGUGCAUUGGGAGUCAGCCCGAGUAACUCUGAAGCCGCGCCAUCGACUCGCUCGCCCUUCUCUCCUGCAAUGAGCCGCAUCUCAUCGGGCCAUCCGGCGCUUGCGACGUCCCCUCCAGUUGCGCCCUCUUCAUCGGCAAGCAACCCGUUAAGGGCUGCAAGCAAUCCCUUUUCCCCCUCUACAAUGUCGUCUGCGGGAAUCAGUCCUCAACCUGGAUCCCUCGGGGCACCACAAUUCAAUGGACCGCCGAAGAACAUGCACGGAUACAAGCACUCAAUUGCCCCGUCGAAUAUCUACGGACGGAUCCCCUCUCCAUUGGAAGCCACUCUGGCGCAUGGAAAUUCUUUCAGCAACGGCGUACGACCGCACAUUCAGCCACUCUCCUCCCGGCAAAACAGUUUCUCCCCAAAUCACCCAUUGCUUCUUCCCAACAUGGGAGAAGUCUUGUCACAACCUCAAGCUAUGCAUAUGCGCAGGGCAACUGCCAACUUUGCUGGUGAUCAAAUACGGCAGAAUCCAAUGCAGCCAAGAGGAUAUUUUCCCGUUCCGCAAAAUGCCAAUCAACAUACACCAAGCCCCACUCUACCACAGCGGAUUGAGAGUCUGGUACAUACGCCCCAACACGGCGAAUCUUCUCGAACUCCCAUUGAAAUCGCACACCCGACUCCGAAGAGCCACCGUCACAACCUCAGCAUCGCACUGCAAAGGGAGAUUGACGAAGCUGAAGCGGCCCUGCAUGAGAGGGGGGAUGGCACGCAUGAUGACCCAGACCAUGUCGACUUAUCCUCUAGGAAGGACUCGGCGCUGGACGAGUCUUUGAACGAAGAGCCCCCGAUACUGAGACGGCCUGAGACGAUAACGACAGCAGAUGAAAAAUCAGAAAUUGAGACAAAUCCCAGCAUAGCUGCUACGCCCAUGCUGAUGGAUGACAAGAAUCCGUUCGUGAAUUGGCAAGCACUGAGUGAUGCGGCCAAAGCUGAGCCCAAGGCUGCUCCUGAGACCGUUCCGACAACUUCUAAACUGAACGUGGCAGCCAAAGAAUUCGAUCCACAAGCAGGCUUCUCGAGCUCGAACUUCUCGUUUGCUGGACCGGGUUUCAUACCAUUCGGCCUACCUCCAUCAAAGCCGGCACAGCCUGUUGAAAGAUCCGCGGUCAAGGGCAGUUUUUCCUUGUCGCAUCUUAAUGCUGAUGCUCCUGCUUUCACCCCACGCACGGCGAAACCGGCAGCCGAAGGCACUCCAUUUACAUUCAGCUCCGCCACAUUUAAUGUCGAGGCUCCAGUGUUCAAUCCUUCUCAGUCUCCUAGUACCAACUUCAAAGACAGUGUGGCGUCCACCGGUGAAGGACCACCUGACAAUGCGAACAGCAUAUUCGGCAACGUGGUCAUAGACCCAGGCUCGAAAGCCAUCAGAAGAGCAAGCAAGGGCAUACCGACGGCUGGUCUGAAAUCGAGGGACGUUCAAGAGGAGGGUGUAAACAACUUAUUAGACGAAGAAGGCCGUCCGAUGGCUCCUGUAGAGCGACAGAAGAGAGCACGAAGGAAUGACAGUGACGGAGACCGGAGCCCCGUGUUUGCAGACUCGGCACCAUUCCAUCACAGGAGGAUUCUUUCGGAGAUCGUGGAUGAUGUCGAUGUGAAUGGACCUCUCUCGGAAAACCCGAAGGAAAAUUUUGACGGUUGGGCCUACAUAUCUCCAGAUGAGAACCAGCUGACUGGCGCUGCGGACAUGAUGAAUGCACAAGAAAGGACAGAUGACGCGGAUGAAGCAGACUCGGCGUUUACUUUCAAGAAUCAGAGUGAUGCUGCUUUGUUCAGCGAAGCUCGGCCGCCUCUGGGAGCCGAUCAGGCAUUGAACUCUGAGCAAACUGCCGGAGCAGAAUCUUCAGACAGCCUCAAGGGGGAGGAAGCAACCUCAGUGAAACCAACAGCUCUCCCAGGUGCGCCCACUCGAAAGCCCAAGUCCUCUCUUUCAGCACUAGCGAAGCCUUUCGAGUUCAAUCCAAAGGUCACGAAGUCAUUAGCAUCCUCCUCAUUUGCCAUGCCACAGAAAACGCCAGGGCUGGAAGACUCCAAAUAUGCAGACACCUCAAGUCCGCCCUCUGAGCUUAAGGCUAGUCUUUCCUCACCCGUCACAGAUAUACCACACUACGUGGAGAAGGAUCAUGAAUCAGUCGACGAACAGGAAGACACGGUCGAGGUCUUUGAAGAGAAGAGCUCUGAAGACGAGGUUGUCGAGGUCAUUGAAGAGAAAUCCGCUGACGACGAAUCUGAGCGACCUCAUCGGCGAAAGUACAUCUUGGAGCGAGCCAAAGACUUUGACACAGAGCCUGACGCGGACGCCGAUCAGUUUGGCAAGACAGCAUCCUCAUUCCGGCAUCAAGACCAACCAGUUCCAUCUUUCGAAGAAAUCGAUGCUGUCAUGAAACACCUCGAAGUUCAUCCAGAACUCGGAGUAGAACGCAAUGAUACGCCCGUCCAGUCUACGCCGCUCGUUGAUAUGCGCCUGGGUGGCCACUUCCGCAGCGACGCUCCGAGUCCGAGCCCAGCUAGACAUCAGGACACCAAGACUGCUCAGAGCGACACCUCAUACCCACCGUCAUAUGGACUGGGCAUUGGGGUGCACAACCUGAAUUCCGGCAGAGACGAUGUCAGCGAUUGGGGUGACACGUUACCUGCGGCAGAAGCGGCCAAACUCCAGCUUCGUUCCCAAUUCUUUGACGGGCAUGUCAACGACUUGGUGGAUGGUUUACUUGAAUCCCGCCUCGGACCCCUUGAACGCACUCUAAGGACCAUACAACAGUCGCUGGCAUUGAUGGCCACGCAGCAAAGUUCGAAGACUGGCAACAGGAGUGUUUCAGGCCACCAUAAGGACUCAGACGCUGACGAUGAGGACGAGUACGACGCUUUUGAAGGGUUUUCAUCUUACAGAACCCGAUCGCCGACUGCCAGAAGGGGCGAGCGGAAACAAGACCUGAUCCGCGCAGCUGUCGCGGAAGCGUUGGCUGCACAUCAACCACCUCCUCCGCCACAGCCCUUGAUCGACUUGACAGAGUUCAGUGCCGUCCUGCAGGAGAUGCGGGAACUCGCUCAGAAAAACAGCUCUCAGGACACACAGAACGAGUUGAAGACAAUCAUGGAAGAUGUGAUCUCCCAUCAUCCGAGACUACGAGGCUCGAGAGUUCAGCAGGAACACGAAGCCGCCGACAUCAAAUACAAACCCCAAAUUGACGGCCUCGAGACAAUGCUGAAGAUCUCUCAGGAGCACGCUGCCGAGGAAGCCCGUCUCCGACGGACGGCAGAAGGGGAAAUAAAUGAGCUGAAACUACGACUACGCAUUGCCGAAGAGGAAGCCGCACAAUAUCGAGAAUCUUCUGAAGAGGCUCAGCAUACUUUGGAGGCUUUCGUCGAGGAAAAGGACUCGUAUAGAAAUCUUGAGCGUGAGGUGGAAGGCUUAACCCUGAAGAAUGCAGCCCUCCAACAUACGCUAGACGAAUACCGUGUCUCGAGUGAUCAAUGGCGAGAAGACAUCCGCACGGAACGUGCCUCUAAUAGGGAGCUCAAGCGCACCUUGCAGGAACUCAAUCAACAAUUGGUGGAUCAGACACAGUCUCGACAAAAUCUUCGAACCAAAGUUGAGCGGCUGCAGUCCCAUAUUGCACAGGUUAUGCAAGACCUGCAUGCCGAACAGGAAGAUUGGCGGAAUAAGGAACACGGCCUACAGAGCGAAUUGGCCCUCCUCCAAGAUGCCCUUGACCAAGAGCGACGGCACCGGGAGAAGGCAGAGCUGGAGCUGGAUACCCUGGAUAAAGAACACAAGGCUAAUCUUCACUUGAAGGCGGUUCUGGACCAGACUCAGUUGGACGUCUCGCGACUUAACGAGUUGGUUGCCUCGCUCCGGGAGGAGAACAGGGUCUUGGAUACCAAAGCAUUCAACCUGAACCGAGAACUGGAGCAUGUCAAGAACAGCAAGGAUGCCGAGCUUGCCACUUCCACCGCCAAAUUACAGGCAGAGCUCGAAAGUGCCCUGACCAAACUUCAGAGCAUCCAGGCGGAUUCGAACGCACAGAUUUCCCGGUUACAAGGACGUCUGGACCACGCCGAGUUGGAUCUCGAAGAACAAAAGGCAAAACAUGACGCACUCCUUGCCGAAGCCAACGAAGCGCAUAAAGAUGCUAUUCGGGAAGCCAAUGAAAAGAAAGAAAAUGCUCUGGAGGACCAACACCAAGUUCACGAGAAGAAGCUCAACGAACUGCGCGACCGUCAUACUAGGGAGCUGCAUAAUUCGUUCGAUACCCGGACGAGGCUGGAGCACCAAUUCAAGGAGCGCCUCGUAUUAAGCGAGGACAAGGUGAAGCACCUUGAAAGUAAAGUCACCGAUCUCGAGGAGAGACUGGAGAUCACGAAAUCCGCCGCCAGGGCUGCUGUGGAAGCUGCGACCGCCAAGGGGGCCAACCUUCCCACUCCAGCUCCGUCCGUCGUGGCAUCGCCACCCCAACGCGCGGCAACGGCCUCCAUGUCGUAUAGUAAAGGGUCGGAUGUACCAGAAAGGAUUUCUCCGCAAGCGCUUCGAGAGUCCAUCAUGGUGUUACAAGAUCAACUGCAGAAUCGCGAGCAGAAGAUAGAACAGCUGGAGAUGGAGCUUGCCCUUGUGGACAAAGAUGCUCCUGGCAAGCUCAAGGAGCGCGACACCGAAAUCAGCUGGCUUCGUGAACUGUUGAGUGUCAGGGUCGAUGACCUUGAGGACAUCAUCAACGCUGUUUCCAAGGCCGAUUUCGACCGAGACACGGUCAAAGACGCUGCAAUCAGGCUCAGGGCAAACCUGCAGAUGGAACAGCAACUGAAAGAGCGGGGUGCAUUAGGCGGGUUGACCAGCUCCUUUCCCUCCAUUUCGAGCCUGUCAAGCUAUGCUCAGUCUCCCCGCGCUCUCCCAUUGGCGGCAGCGGCAGCUUGGGGGAACUGGCGACGAGCUCGUGAGACCUCGAUUGGCGCCAUCUCCGAUCUGGCCACCAACCUCGGAAACCAGACACCCUCCAAAUCUGCCAUCGGUAGUCCCGCAAGCUUCUUGUCCGGGAUCAUCACACCGCCUGGGACAUCCCAGAAGACACCAAGCUCAAGCGAAGCACCAAUUCCGCCGCCGCCGAGCAUGAGAAACCUCACUGCGGGCCCAGCGCAAGCUCGUAAGGCUGGCGGUCCCGAAGCCCGGCCUUUGAGAGCCUACAGUUCGCAACCUCGCGCACUAUCGAGCAAGCAGGCAGACAAGCAUCCUGAGGGUCUGCAGUUACAGCCCGGCUCUUCGCCGACCUCGCAGCUGAAGAUUGACCUCCCGCAAACUCCAGUUCAAGCCAAGAAUGAGGCCAAUCUGGAUCUCACCGAGGACGUGGAUGAUGAUGCCUCGCCGCUGGAAGGGAAAAAUACCCAGCUACUUGACGAGGCAGAUGCGCUCGCCGAAUGA